AUGGGAAAUUGCAAUAUCAAUGAAAAAAAAGAGGAUCAAAUGGAAAACAAUGUGAUGUCUGUUUAAAAUUUUCAAUUUAUAGAUGCCAUUGGAAGAGGUGGUUUUGGUAAAGUGUGGAAAGUUCGACAAAAAAAGAAUAAACAAUUUUAUGCCCUCAAAGUGAUGUCGAAACCUAAGAUCAUAAACAAGAAAUCUGUUUAGUCAGUAAUGAAUGAAAAAGCAUUGCUCUGUGGUUUAAAGCAUAAUUUCUUGAUCAAUAUGCAAAACUCAUUUCAAGAUAGAGAGUAUUUGUAUUUAGUUAUGGAUCUGCUUUCAGGGGGAGAUCUGAGAUAUCACAUCGGAAGACAUAGAAAGUUUAAUGAGGAACAAACAAAGUUUUUCAGUGCAUGUAUAAUAGUGGCAUUGGAAUAUUUACAUCAAUAAGGGAUAUUACACAGAGAUUUGAAGCCAGAAAAUUUAGUCUUCGAUAGCAACGGAUACUUGAGAUUAACAGAUCUUGGCAUUGCAAGAAUUUGGAAACCUGAAAAUUCUCAAGACACUAGUGGAACUCCAGGAUACAUGGCACCAGAAGUUAUGUGCAGACAUAAUCAUGGAGUAGCAGUUGAUUACUUUGCAUUGGGUGUGAUAGUAUACGAAUGUAUGUUGGGAAGAAGACCAUAUUUGGGAAGAAGUCGUUAGGAAAUAAGGGAAUAAAUGCUAGCAAAGUAGGCUGCCAUAAAAAGAUAAGAAGUACCUCCAGGAUGGAGUUUGGAGGCAGCUGAUUUUACAAACAGAUUACUUUAAAGAAAACCCUAGAAUAGGUUGGGAAAUAACGGACCAGAUGAAGUAAAGGAACAUCCUUGGUUUAAAGACUUCAGUUGGGAGAAGUUGAUUAGCAAGGAAAUGAUUGCACCUUUCAUACCGAAUGGUAAUGAGGACAAUUACCUUCCAUCAGACAGUAGAAGAGAUUCAGACGAUACGAUGAAUGAGGAUCAAUAAAUAAUGUUAAGGAGGAAUUCUAUACAAAAUUUAUUUAAUGGCUACGAUUUUGAUAAUAAUGCCAGUGUUCCAAGCAGUUAGGUUGCUAUUUCGAGUACUUCGUCAUCUCGAGUCACAAAGUAACCAACGACUACUAACACACCAAAAUCAGCAAAGUUGGCUUAAAAGCUAAAAAAUUGAUAUCAUUUUUACCUUAUAAAAUAUUAUAUAUCAAAAUUUUAUUAA